AAUUGAUCUUUUCGGGGAAUCGCAUGAGUUCGCAGAGCUUCCUCCACGCCCUCACCUCGCACAUGACACCUCGAAUUUGAUCUAAGAAUCUUGCGCGGGCUGUCAAUAAAUCAGCCGGCCACCGGGCCUGGCCGUGAACACAGUCCUAUUCCCUUGGCUGGCCCUUACGAGGGGGCUUGAUCGCAGCCAUUAUGGAGCGGAAUAUCGAUAUCUAUGCCACCAAGCUGGGUGACGAGCGGCUUGAUGUGAAAGUACGAGCCAACGUCGCGACCGAGCUGCGGGAUAGCAUUGAGCCACUAUGUUCCGGUGCCAACUAUCCCAUAUUCCUUGCCAAACUAUGGCCGAUCUUCAAAACUAUCCUGUCUGGAGAGCCAGUAUUCUUCAGCAUGUCAUAUGAACAGAAACUCCGAAAUUGCAUUCUCGAAACCCUCCAUCGUUUACCGACAGCUUUACCCGAUGUUGAACCCUAUGCCGCAGACAUGGUCGACCUGCUCAUGGACCUCGCACGAAUUGAGAAUGAAGAUAAUGCGGUAUUGUGCAUGAAGACAAUUAUGGAUUUGGAACGCAACCAAGCAAAGGCCACCACGGCGCGGGUGCAGCCUUUCUUGGAGCUCAUCCAGGAGAUGUUCCAGACCAUGGAGCAGGUGGUUCGGGAUACAUUUGAUACUCCCAACCAAGCAACUCCCUCUGGAAUGCCGUCAACGCCCAAUGCAAGCGCUCAGAACUUCCAAUCCCCCCGACCAAGUUCCCCUGCCACAUCCGUUUCAGACUUAGGUCCCGAGCAGCAGUCAAGUAAUGUCAUACUGAAAGGCAUGCAGUCCUUUAAGGUCUUGGCUGAAUGCCCGAUCAUUGUUGUCUCAAUCUUUCAAACCCAUCGAGCUUCAGUUGCAGCCAACGUCAAACUUUUUGUUCCGCUGAUUAAGACAAUUUUGCUGUUGCAAGCAAAGCCGCAAGAAAAAGCCCAUACCGAUGCUGCUGCCCAAGGCACAGUCUUUACCGGGGUUUGCAAGGAGAUUAAGAACCGAGCCGCUUUUGGAGAGUUUAUCACUGCUCAAGUGAAGACGAUGAGCUUUUUGGCAUACCUGCUUCGCCUCUAUGCCCACCAGUUGCAAGAUUUUCUUCCCACACUCCCAUCCGUUGUCGUGCGCUUGCUUCAAGAUUGCCCACGUGAGAAGUCUGGCGCUCGAAAAGAGCUAUUAGUCGCCAUUCGACACAUCAUAAACUUCAACUACCGCAAAAUAUUCCUCGAAAAGAUUGACGAGCUUCUGGACGAGAGAACACUCAUCGGCGAUGGUCUUACUGUUUAUGAGACUAUGAGACCAUUGGCGUAUAGUAUGCUCGCGGACCUCAUUCACCACGUACGGGACCACCUCAGCCGAGACCAGAUCCGUCGAACCGUCGAAGUCUAUACGAAGAAUCUUCAUGAUGACUUCCCGGGUACCAGCUUCCAAACCAUGAGUGCCAAGCUGCUUUUGAACAUGGCGGAGAAGAUAUCGAAGCUCGAAGAUAAACAAGAGGCUCGUUAUUUCCUCAUAAUGAUUUUGGAUGCCAUCGGUGAUAAGUUUGCCUCGAUGAAUCACCAGUUCAAUAAUGCCGUCAAGGUCUCCAAGGCUUACAAGGAAUGUCGGAAAGAUGAUGAUACAACGCCAGAGAAUUACCUUGCUGAGAAGGACCAAGCGCCGGACUGGGAUGACAUCGACAUUUUCUCUGCGUCUCCCAUCAAGACCUCUAGCCCUCGUGAUCGUGGUGGAGAUCCUGUCUCAGAUAACCUUUUCCUCUUCAGAAACCUCAUCAAUGGGCUAAAAAAUAUCUUCCACCAAUUAAAGAAUUGCAACCCAGAUGAUGUCCAGAUUGACCCCAACAGUGUUCCCAUCAAUUGGUCAGAGGUUUCUUAUGGAUACAACGCCGAAGAGGUUUCAGUCAUAAAAAAGCUCUUCCAUGAGGGUGCUAGAGUCUUCCGCUACUAUGGCGUGGACCAAUCUCCCCCCGAAAACAACUACUCUUCCCCGUUCGACUUCCUUGCAAGUCAGUACACAGCACCCAUGUCCCGGGAAGAGAAAGAGCUCCUGGAGAGCUUUGGAACUGUUUUCCAUUGCAUCGACACGGCAACCUUCCAUGAAGUUUUCCACUCGGAGAUUCCAUAUCUUCAUGAGCUCAUGUUUGAGCAUGGAGCUCUGCUACACCUUCCCCAAUUCUUCCUGGCUAGUGAAGCCACUUCGCCUGCAUUCUCUGGUAUGGUCCUUCAGUAUUUGAUGGAACGUAUUGACGAGGUUGGGACUUCGGAUAUGACUAAGGCGAAGAUUCUACUGAGAAUGUUCAAGCUCUCCUUCAUGGCAGUAACGCUGUUUUCCGUUCAAAAUGAGCAGGUCCUUCACCCUCACGUUACAAAGAUCGUGACGAAGUGCAUCGAGCUAUCGGUUACAGCCGAGGAACCGAUGAAUUACUUCCUUCUCCUACGUUCUCUUUUCCGCAGCAUUGGUGGUGGUCGGUUCGAGCUUCUGUACAAGGAAAUCCUACCUCUACUGGAGAUGCUUCUCGAGACGUUCAAUAACUUGCUGAUGGCCGCUCGCAAGCCCCAAGAGCGAGAUCUAUAUGUGGAGCUUACUCUCACCGUUCCUGCAAGACUGAGCCACCUGCUCCCUCAUUUAAGUUACCUGAUGCGCCCUAUUGUGGUGGCCUUGCGUGCGGACUCUGACCUUGUUGGGCAAGGUCUGCGCACAUUGGAACUCUGCGUGGAUAACUUGACAGCCGAUUAUCUUGACCCCAUCAUGGCCCCCAUCAUGGAUGAAUUGAUGACAGCCCUUUGGGAUCACCUGCGGCCCCACCCAUACAAUCAUUUCCAUGCCCAUACCACAAUGAGAAUCCUUGGAAAGCUUGGUGGACGCAACCGCAAGUUCCUGAACCACCCGCCAGAGCUGUCCUUCCAACAGUACUCUGAUGACAACCCGAGCUUCGACAUUCGUCUCAUCGGGCCGGGUGAGAAGCGUCCUUUCCCGGUUGAUACCGGCAUUGAUUUGGCCAUCGGCAAGCUGAUGGAGGCUCCCAAGACGGAUUCCGGCAAGGCAUCUGAUCUCUAUUACAAGCAGCAGGCUUUCCGCAUGCUCAGCUCGCACCUCAAGCUGCAGAUCGGAUUUGAGAAUCUACCUGAUGACCUCGCUUCUCUGAUUCGACUCCAUGCGAAUGACCUUUUCGAGAGCAAAGCCAGUGCUAUGGUUGAUAUCCUUGAGAAAUCCGAGAGAGCGGCGUCUAUCCCAAAGAAGGUGGGACAAGAAGCCACUGUCAAGAAGCUUCUCAAAGCUUGCAUCUUUGCCACAACCAUUCCUGACCUUGAGCCGGCUGCAACUGCCUUCGUGACUGAUGUUUGCAAACACUUUGCCAUUGUUGAGGUUGGUCGAGCUCUUUCUCAAGCCCGUCACAACCGUAAACCUUUUGACGUGGCAAAUGGAGAAGGCCCUGUGUACCUGGACUCCCGAACCCUGGCUGAUGCCAUCGUUGAGACACUCUCUUCCGACAAUGUCCACGUUCGGGAAGCUGCCGAGCAGGCAAUGCAAGUUGUAAAGGAAGCCGCCGGCAUAAUUUUCGGUGCUCCCGAGAAGGCAUCAAAGCUUCCAUUCUUCCAGCAUCUUGGCCGCGUGUUCUGCCACAGUUGCUACAGUGAAGAAUGGUUCACGAAGGCAGGUGGAAGCUUGGGCAUUCAGCUCCUUGCUACCAAGCUGGACCUUGGAGAGGCGUGGCUUUAUGAGCGCCAUGUUGAUUUCUCGCGGGCUCUCAUGUAUGUCAUCAAGGACACACCUUCUGAUCUUCCUGCGGCUACUCGUGUUCAGUCCCAGGAGACAAUGACUUUGAUUCUUCAGCGCUGUGGAAAGAUCAUCCCAAAGGAUGAUUUGAAAAACGAGAAGAGUCGUCUAUUCGCUCUCUGCGGUUUCUUUGUCAAUGAGCUUGGCCAUAUGAACAAGCAUGUUCGAGAAACAUCACGCCGCUGCUUCGCCACAUUGAAGGAAGAACUCGGCUGUGAAGUACACGAGCUCAUCUUCCCAGUGAAGGAUCGCUUAUUGCAGCCGAUUUUCAACAAGCCACUCCGAGCACUGCCCUUUGCCACUCAAAUUGGCUUCAUCGAUGCCAUAACCUACUGCUUGGGUCUGCACAACGACAUUGUCACCUUCAAUGACCCUUUGAACCGCUUGAUGUUGGAGUCUCUCGCCCUUGCUGAUGCAGAUGAUGAAUCACUCGCCUCCAAGCCAAAUGAAUUCAGGAAUGCGGAUAUGAUUGUCAAUCUACGUGUUGCUUGUCUGCGCCUUCUGUCCAUGGCAAUGAACUUCCAGGAGUUUGCCAACACUCCACAGAACACUAGUCGGGCUCGGAUCAUCUCGGUGUUCUUCAAGUCUCUUUACUCUCGUUCUCCCGAAGUGAUUGAAGCUGCCAAUGCUGGUUUAAAGGACGUUCUCACCCAGACCAACAAGCUGCCAAAGGACUUGCUGCAGAAUGGCUUGCGUCCCAUCUUGAUGAAUCUGCAAGAUCCCAAGCGUCUAAGUGUCGCUGGUCUUGAUGGCUUGGCCCGCCUCUUGACUCUGCUAACCAACUACUUCAAGGUUGAAAUUGGCGCUCGUCUCCUGGACCACAUGAAGGUUAUUGCGGAUGACGCCAUGUUGCAAAAAGUCUCUUUCAGCCUUGUUGAGCAGAAUCCUGCCAUGAAGAUUGUGGCUGCUAUUUUCAACAUCUUUCAUCUUCUCCCCCCGGCUGCCACCUCAUUCAUGGAACAUCUCGUCAAUAAGGUUCUAGACCUUGAGAAGAAGUUGCGAAGAACCUCUCACAGCCCCUUCCGCAAGCCUUUGGUCAAAUACCUGAAUCGCUACCCAAAGGAAAGCUUGACGUUUUUCUUUGCACGAUUCAAGGAUGAGCGAUUCGGCCGCUUCUUCGGGCAAAUCCUGGCCGACCCUGAGAGUGAGGCAUUGCGUAAUGCUGUGGUCGCUGACAGCGAAACCUUCCUCUCAACUGCAUUCGCACAGGACGCAACAGAUGGCAAAAACACAGCUGCCAUCAAUGGAAUUUACGUAGCGCAUGCACUCUGCUCCUACGAUUCAAGCAAGAAGUGGUUGGUUUCUCACCCCGAUUCAAGAACGAAACUUUUGGCCUCUGGACGAGAGUUGGAGCGGAAGCUCCGCGGCGACAUUCUACCUCCCGAUGAGCGCCUUAGGGUAGAACAAGCUGAGGACCAGCUCAUGGACAUUUUUACUACCUACUUGGCCGAGGCCGCGCAUGACCUGGACUUCCUGUUCGAAGUCAUCGAUGGAUUAUCUGCAGACGAGCUGAAGCGCACUCUCGCUCUGCCAAAAUUCAUCUAUCGGCACAUUAUCACGAACGAGUCGAUUGAUUACCGACGCUCUGUCAUUAUGCGCUGUCUCGAUCUGUACGGCCAGCGGGCUUGCUCCCAGAAGACCAAGACUUAUGCAUUCCGCAAUCUGGUCAACCCUAUUCUUGCAAUGGAUGUACAGACCACGUGGGGCAGCUCACCCAACACUCCUAAGUUAAUGGACAAGAGUAUGACCGAAUCCAUCCAGAGCCGUGUGUGGAAGCCCCAAUUGGCGGACCUUAGCGAAGAGUCCAACCAGGCCGGAGUCGAUCACUCUCGCAUGGAGUUGCUGCAACUUUCAGCUUUGUUGAUCAAGUAUCACCAUUCCACUGUCCAAGACUCUCGCAAGGAUAUUAUUAAGUUUGCUUGGAACUACAUCCGUCUUGAGGACAUCAUUAAUAAGUACGGUGCCUAUGUUCUGAUCAGUUACUUCAUCGCGCACUAUGAGACACCCUUCAAGAUUGUGAUCCAGGUGUAUGUUGCUUUGCUAAGAGCUCACCAAAACGAAGGCCGGGCUCUCGUCACUCAAGCACUGGAUGUUUUGGCUCCUGUGCUUCCCACUCGAACGGCAGGCAACCAAGGACCGGAAGCACGUUAUCCUCUGUGGGCCAAAUGGCCCCGUCGCAUCUUGGCGGAGGAGACAGCCAACUUGCAGCAGGUUAUGAGCAUUUUCCAGUUCCUGGUGCGGCAACCCAAUCUGUUCUACGAGUCACGCGAGCAUUUUGUGCCUCUUAUCGUUCCGUCUCUUAUUAAGAUUGCUGGCCCGCCAAACGCAUCGAAUGACAGCAAGAAGCUGGCACUCAAACUUAUAGGGUUGGUUUGGCACUGGGAGGAGAAGCGAGCGCAAGCGGCCGAUGCGAACAGCAGCGGACUUCUUGACUCUCCGAAUACGAAGAAACGCAAGCUGGAAGAAGCGCAGGAAACAUCCUCCCCUGCGUUAGCACCUCCACCGAGCCGAGGUGGAUCAUCUGAUUACACCGUCCCUGGUGAACUUCGUGCCGCUCUCAUCAAAUACCUCAUCUCUUUCAUUACGACCAUCCCCGAACGCUUUUUGGUUCCAGCCGCCCAAAUCCGUGAACUGCCUUCUUCUAAGCCGACACCGCCCGUGCCUACUGGUGAUAUGGUCAACAAGGCAAUAAACCUCCUCAGAAACCUUCUUUCGCCUGAAUACUGGGGAGACAUCGACAUUGAUCUGUACCAGAAAGUGACAGAACCAGUUCUAGCUGGCGAGAAGGCAGAUAAACCAGAUGAAAAGCAUUUGACAGCCAUGGUGAACACGCUCCAAGUCCUCCGGGUUCUCAUUGCAGCAAAACCCAAUGAGUGGAUCGCAGCUCGCCUCUCCACCAUCCAGAAGCUUCUUGAGAAGCCAUUGAAAUCUGACAACCCAGAAAUCCAAGAUUGUCUUCAUGGCUUGGAAGACGAGAUGGAUAUAUCUCCAAAGUUACCGCCCCCCGUUCGUCGUGUUUUGGAAGCUAUACCAGACGACGCACCAGAUGACGAAGAUGCAAUGGACACUGAAGGUACUGCAUCUGAGUUUGGUACAUACCUGUCUGCGAUCGCUACCGAAACGCUCUCCGCUAGUAAUUACGUGUCAAGUCUGAACACGCUCUGGACACUUUCAAAGCACAAGCCUGCUGAGAUCGAUACGCACAUUCCUGCCGUGAUGAAGGCAUUCUCUCAAAAGCUUGCCAAGGAACAUGUUGCGGCAUCGACUCAACAAAAUGGUGCCCAACUUCAGAACGGCGUAGCCAAGCCUGCCGAAGGUGUCCCAGAUCAACAGGAGACUGAAAUUGGUGUUGACCUCAUUUUCAAGACAAUCGAAUUGAUUUCCGUGCGCAUGUCUCACCUUGGUGAUCAACGCCGCCCAUUCUUGAGCGUGUUGGCAUCAAUCGUGGAACGCUCGCAAAACAUCAAGCUGUGCAGCAAGGUCUUGGGGAUGGCAGAGGAAUGGAUUUUCCACUCGACCGAAUCCUGGCCGACACUGAAGGAGAAGACCGCGGUCUUGCAUAAGAUGCUGCUGUUCGAGUCUCGACCUGAUCAAACGAUGUUGAAGAAGUUCCUUGACCUUGUCAUCCGCAUCUACGAAGAUGCCAAAAUCACUCGUACUGAGUUGACCGUCAGACUUGAACAUGCAUUCUUGAUAGGAACCAGAGCCCAGGAUGUCGAAAUGCGUAAUCGGUUCAUGAGCAUUUUCGACCGGAGUUUGACUCGCCUGGCAUCGUCACGGUUGAGCUACGUGCUUACUUGUCAAAACUGGGAUACCCUUGCGGACUCGUUCUGGCUGGCCCAGGCUUCGCAUUUAAUUCUUGGAUGUGUGGAUAUGAACGCUACUGCCCGCUUGCAUCAAGAUGACUUCAAGUUGUAUCCCCUGACUUUCCUCUUCGCUGGAGGUGAAAAGGACCCAAGGAAGUCGGAUAUCAUGGUCGACAACCAGCUGGAAACUUUCGUUGCGGAACGCAAGCGUUUCAUGUCUGAGGUUGGCGACGUGAAGGUUCGUGAUUUGAUCGAACCUCUGUGUCAACUUCAGCACACCGACCCAAGCGUUUCUUACAAGCUUUGGACCACGCUGUUCCCUAUCUACUGGUCGACAUUGUCCAAGGAUGACCGCCUUGACCUUGAGAAGGGAAUGGUUACAUUGCUCACUCGAGAGUACCACCAGAGACAGUUGGAUAAGCGCCCUAAUGUCGUGCAAGCUCUCUUAGAAGGUUGUGUGCGUGCCCGUCCCCGGUUCAAGGUUCCUCCCCAUGUCAUGAAAUACCUUAGCCGUACCUACGACGCCUGGUACACUGCCGCUACCUAUUUGGAGGAGAGUGCCAUCAAUCCUAUCAUUGACACUGCUACCGUCCGCGAGAGCAAUCUCGACGCCCUUGUGGAAGUCUAUGCCGGGCUCCAGGAGGACGAUUUCUUCUAUGGUACAUGGCGACGUCGCUGCAAGUUCGUUGAGACCAAUGCAGCACUAUCCUAUGAGCAGCAGGGCAUGUGGGACAAAUCUCAGCAGCUCUAUGAGAACGCGCAAAUCAAAGCCCGCUCUGGGGCUAUGCCGUUCUCCCAGGGUGAGUACUUCGUCUGGGAAGAUCAUUGGUUGAUCUGCGCCCAGAAGCUUCAGCAGUGGGAGAUCCUGAGCGACUUUGCCAAGCACGAGAAUUUGAAUGACCUGUUGCUUGAGGCUGCUUGGAGGAACAUUGAAAACUGGCAGAGCGAGGGCAAUCGCGAACAGCUAGAGUCUCUGAUUAAGUCUGUUUCCGAUGCUCCUACCCCGCGACGCACUUUCUUCCAGGCUUUCAUGGCUCUUCUUCAAUACCACACUAAGAAAGAGAACAUGCAAGACUUCAACAGUGUCUGCGACGAAUCUAUCCAGCUGUCUAUUCGCAAGUGGCUGCAAUUGCCCAAGCGCAUCACCAAUGCCCACAUCCCCAUCUUGCAACACUUCCAGUUACUUGUUGAACUCCACGAUGCUAGUCACAUCUGUGGUAGCUUAGCCCAAACCAAUGAGCGCAACUUGGACACUAAGAGUGCUGAGUUGAAGCUUCUUCUGGGAACUUGGCGGGACCGGUUGCCCAACUUGUGGGAUGACAUUAAUACAUGGCAGGAUCUUGUCACAUGGCGACAACACAUCUUCCAACUUAUCAACGGCACGUACCUUAGUCUUCUUCCUCCUCAGACGAACAAUGUUGCCAGCAAUUCAUAUGCGUACCGUGGAUACCAUGAGACCGCCUGGAUUAUCAAUCGCUUUGCUCACGUCGCCCGCAAGCAUCAAAUGCCGGAAGUCUGCAUCAACCAACUUAGCCGGAUUUACACGCUGCCAAACAUUGAAAUUCAAGAGGCGUUCCUCAAGUUGCGUGAACAAGCCAAAUGCCAUUAUCAGAACCCGAAGGAACUCAACAGUGGAUUAGAUGUUAUCAAUAACACCAAUCUCAACUACUUCGGGCCUCAGCAGAAGGCCGAGUUCUACACUCUGAAGGGCAUGUUCCUCGCGAAACUUGAUCAUGUCAAUGAGGCCAACGAGGCAUUCGGCGUUGCUCUCUACUACGAUCUUCGUCUUGCAAAGGCCUGGUCUGAGUGGGGACAGUACAGCGACCAGCGUUUCAAGGCAGACCCAACAGACUACGAGCUGGCCAGCAAUGCAGUCAGCUGUUAUCUAGAGGCAGCUGGUCUCUACAAGAGUGCGAAAUCCCGAAAGCUACUCAGCCGUAUUUUGUGGCUUCUCAGCUUGGAUAACGAUGAAGGCCAGAUCGCCAGUGCUUUUGAGAACUUUAAGGGAGAUACGCCAGUCUGGUACUGGAUUACAUUUAUCCCUCAACUUCUUACAAGCUUGUCUCACCGCGAAGCGCGUCUGUGCAAGGCUGUUCUUGUGAAGAUUGCCAAACUGUACCCGCAAGCGCUUUUCUUCUUGCUUCGCACUAACAGAGAGGACAUGUUGAGUAUCAAGAAACAGCACGACCAGAAGCAGGAGAAGCUAAACCGUGCCAAACAACAACAGCAACAGUCCUCCUCUCCAAGCCAGAAGCCUGCUGCUAACGGUGAAGCAUCGCCUGCUCAGAAACCGCCAACCAGUGUACCAGCACCCAGUGCAUCUCCAGCCAACCAGGCCGCGAAUCUCACAACAGCUCAGUCACCAGCUCAAAACCAGUCUGCUCAGCAGUCGCCCGCUCAACCCCCAAGCCAGUUGCAAGCGUCCCCACUUCAAAAUGCCACCCCCGGUCAACCUCAAGCUCUUCAGCCCCAGGGGGCUCAAGGACACUUGCAAGUUCCAGGACAAAAUGGAGCUCAGCAACAAGGCACCUCUACCACGGAGCCGGAGAAAGAGCCUCUCAAGAAGCCUUGGGAGUACUCGGACGAAAUCAUGUCUGGCCUCAAGACAGCGUUCCCAUUGCUUGCUCUGUCCAUGGAAACGAUGGUCGACCAGAUUCACAAGAAUUUCAAGUGUCCCCCCGAUGAGGAUGCUUACCGACUUAUCGUCGCUCUCCUCAACGAUGGAUUGGCCUAUGUUGGACGCAUGCCCGUGUCCUACGCCCAGGACUUCAAGCUGCCUACUGCGACAGAAGCCAACAUCACCCGAUUCGCCGAGACAAUUCUUCCAGCGCAUAUUCGCAAGUCCUUCGAGGCGGACUUUGUCGUCAAGAAGCCAACAAUGCACGAGUACAUCCACAAGUUGCGUCGCUGGCGUGACAAGUUCGAAGAGAAGCUGGACCGCCGACCUCAGUCAGGAAACCUCGAGAACUACUCCCCGCACCUUAGCGAGUUCCGCUUCCUCAAGUUUGAUGAGGUUGAAGUUCCCGGACAGUACCUCCUGCACAAAGACAAAAACCAGGACUUUGUUCGCAUCGACCGUUUCCUUCCUGACGUGGACCUGGUACGGGGCAUUGGUGUUUGCCACCGUCGUCUCAAGAUUCGUGGACACGAUGGUAGCAUCCAUGCCUUCGCUGUUCAGCAUCCUGCAGCACGCCACUGCCGACGUGAGGAGCGCAUCCUCCAACUGUUCCGCAUCUUCAAUGGAUUGUUGGCCAAGCGCAAGGAAAGCCGUCGUCGUAACCUCUACUUCCACCUUCCUCUCAUGGUGCCUCUAGCGCCGCAUAUUCGCUUGGUUCGCGACGAUUCUUCGUACAUCUCCAUGCAGGGUAUCUAUGAGGACUACUGCAGACGUGUUGGCAUCAACAAGGACGAGCCGGUGCUCUUCACUAUGGACCGAAUGCGGUCGGUGCACGAGACGAUUAAGAAUCGCACUCCCGAUCAAGUUCAGGUUGUUCGUACUGAGAUCUUGACAGCCAUUCAAGACAAAUGGGUUCCCAGUACCGUAGUUUUGGAGUACUUCCAGCAGACUUAUCCCAACUUUGCAGACUUCUGGCUGUUCCGACGCCAGUUCGCCUACCAGUACGCGGCAGUCGCUUUCAUGACCUACGUGAUGCACAUUGGCAACCGUUAUCCCAACAAGAUCUUAGUCUCACGCUCAACGGGCGACAUCUGGGGCGCGGAAUUGAUUCCUACCAUCAACCCCGCCAAGGCAAUCUUCUACAAUCCUGAGCAGGUGCCAUUCCGCUUCACACCUAAUAUCCAAACCUUGCUCGGUCCCAUUGCCACCGAGGGUGUAUUUGCUUGUGCGAUGAUGGCGAUUUCGCGCUGCUUGACAGAGCCGCGCCACGAGCUAGAGCAGCAGCUCAGCAUUUUCGUGCGCGACGAGAUGAUGUUUUGGGCCACUGCUCAGCACCGCGGUAGUCUGCCUGUACCCCAGCUCCGCGAUCUAGUCAACAACAACAGUGAGAUCAUUGUGAACCGUGCUGUCAGCCUUGCUAGUCCACCUGAGGGUAACCUGCCUGCCAACCAAACCACGAUCGAUCUGAUCUCAAAGGCAGUCAAUCCCCAGCACCUGGCAUCGUGCGAUGCGUUGUGGAUGCCAUACCUCUAAGUGGCGUGUCUCUGCGUUUCUGUCUCAGUCUUUUGAGAAUUUGCUCUAGUGAUGGAGGUGAACUAUUCUUUUGCAUGGAAGCAUGGUUAUGCGUGGGUUGGGUUCUGAUUUUGAGCGUGGCGCUUCGGCGAGGAGGGCCAAGACUCUCCUCGUCAGGGUUUGAAAUAUUUUGAUACCGAUUUCUUUUUCUUCA